UACAAUUGUAAAUCUCUCAAGAAAAAGCAAACACAACCAAAAUGCGGUGCGGUUUAAAAAAAUAAACUUUUCGAAUCCUUUUUUAAAACAAAGAGUGCGAAAAGCACAGCGACAAAGUGAAGCAAAAUAGCGAGCAGUGCAGUUAGUUAAAUAAAACACAGACCAAAAUGUCGACAGUUGUGGAACAGGCGGCCACAGCGGGCAACCCGAAAGCAGCAGAGAUAUCAACUGCAAAAUCGGCAAUAUCCACGGCGACGGCAGCAGCUGCCACGCCCCUUGCCACAUCCGCCCCCGCAGCGGCGGAAAUCGAGCAGCUGCAACAGGCGUUAAUCGAGAAACAAACGCAGCUGUAUGCCCUGGAAUCGGCCUGCUUGAGGGAAACGGAGCGCCAAGUGGAGCUCGAGGAUAGUGUGAUAGCGUGGCAGGACAAGUACGAUCGGCUCUACGAAUCGCACAAGCGGGUUCAGAAGGUCAACCAGAGCUUGGAGGACAAGAUGCUCAAGCUGGUGGAUCGAAAUGCCGGCGAGAGGGCCCAGUUGACCAGCGAUGUGGCCACUUUGAGUGUGCGACUCGCCCAGGCAAACUUCAACAUCGCCAAGCUGCAGAGGGAAAUCGAACGCUACAAGGCCGACAUUAGCCUGGCCAUCCAAUUGCUGCAGUGCAAGCCCGAUAGUUUUGUGUCCCAGAAAGUGUCAUCGCUACCCAUUGAUAUUCAGUCGAAGGUGUCGGCGUACAUGAGACUGGAGACGAACUCCCACUCCGAUUCCGAGUGCAGCAAUAGUGGAGUGGGCGUGGCCACCACAGCUUCCUACAAAGUGCUUCCGGCCUCCGAUUCGCCGCCCCCCUCCGCCUGCCCCUUCCCACCCACGGCCAUGGUGUAUUCGAUGAGGGGAAUCGGUAGGUAUGCCGCCAAUGGGAACACGACCACAAAUCCUCAACAGCAGUCGAAUCAACCCACGAAUAACAAUAGUAGCAAGAACAAGGACACUCUUAACAACAACAAUGUUAAUAACAACAGCAAUAACAAUUGCAACAAUCAAACCAAUACGAGCAUUAGCAAUAAUAAUCAAGCAACCAAUCAGGAUAUGAUAUCGCCCACCAUAAUGGCGAAGUUUUUAGAGGACGAACUGAAGGCAAAUGAGGUCAAACACUGCGAUACGUGUCAGUGCAGCAAACAGGACCUGCAGGUCCUGGCGGAUGUGUCUCGUUCCUAUUCGGUGUCCACCCAAACGCCCCAUCAGUUGCAGCUCCAAGGAUCGGGAUUGAACGAACCUCUGACCCAACUGUGUCUGAGAUGUCAUAGCAAUCUUAACUCCCCGUCGCGAACCAAUAGCCCAUAUCUGAUGAAGAUGGUCAAGUCCAGCGAUUCCGUAAUAUCAGAGACCAAGAGUUCCGUUUCGGAUCUGAACGACAUGGACAAGCUGUUUAUCCCGGCCAAAAAGGAUGACCUGAUGGUCAAUCCCAUACUGGGACAUCAUCGACUCUGCGAAAGAACUGCGAUUUCGGGACAGAAUACGGAGUAUGGGAAUGGAAAACUGACCACGUCUACGAUGAUGUAUCCCACCACACAUUUGGGUGCCUAUGCAGCGGAAAAGUAUCUCCUGGAGACGAGUAAUCUGGGCCAGCUGAGGAGUGGGUAUCAAAGGAGGUUUCUGGACGGCGGAGGAACUGCCCUGCAACUUCUAAACAAAUACGAAGCAGGUGCCGUGGGAGUCGUCCAUGGAGAUCUGGAGGAUGAGUCCAGUAAGCCUCUGCUGGCGGGUGUCUCGCAACCUAGUCUGCUGGAAGCGGAGCAAGCUCCUCCUCAGCAAUCGGUGGUUCCUGCUAAGCUAGAAGAUGUCUGCGAGCCACAGCCUAGUAAACCAGUUGCUCCAGUGGCUCCUCCAGGAAGUACUGCUCCUGCAGUCCCAUCGGGAACUCAGCUGAAGUCCACGAACUCCGGAAGCGUUCAGAGCCUGUGGAGCAACAAAACCAGCAGUUGCGAGGGGGCCAAAAUGUUCGAGACUUUCAACAGGAAUCUCAUUAAAACGAUCAAGGCGGAGAAUCCCAAGUACCGAGGACCUCGUUUGUGUGCCAUGCGAAUUCAGCAAAAUGGUCAGAGCAACAUCCUGCUGGACAAUCUGGAGUCCAUAGAGACCUACACACCAGUGAUCUACAAGCGGCGAGAGAAGCUUCUGGACGAGGAGCUCAACGAUGGCAAGGACAUCAUCACCAGCAAGGAGAGCAAUGCCCAGUCGGUGGUGGAAGCCUGGCAAGGACCUGCAGCUCCUCACGAGAAUGUUGCCCUGCAGCCAGUGCUCGAACCCCAAGUGGAAAACUCAGAACUGGAGCAAGAUGAGAUCAAACCCGGUGACCAGGCGGCAAAUCCUGGUGUGAACUCCCCCAAACACUCGGCUAACUCUAGUUCCAUAAGCGAUGCCAUCGACUACCAGGAAAGUGUCCUUCUCAGACGCCAGCAACUCAGCAGGGUGGCUGAAUGGGUUCAGCAUAACACCCAGCAGCUGGAGCAAAGGAACCUGCAGCAGGCUCCGCCGACCAGUGAUUCCAACUCCGGAACCGAACGACAAUCCUCGUACUCCACCCUAGACCGCAUGGACUCCAUAUCCAUAGAGAAACUCUCGAUGGACUCUGGUUACAAGACCACACCCCAACAACUAACCAACGGCUAUCCGGAGAAAUCUACGGAGGAUUCCCUCUCACCCAAGACAGAUAUCACUAGCAAUUCCUUGCCAGAAAACCCAUCUGCUACCGUUGUGCCGCCCAAGAAAACGGAAAUGUGCACCACUUACUACCGGAGAACAAGCAGAUCCGGACUGCCAGUGGCAUAUACCACGAUUGCCGGUGCCCCGGCCGACUCGAGCCCGCCCGGUGAGUCCACAUCCUCCGGUUCUGACGCUCUAAUCUGCCCCGAACAGCCCACGUGUGAUAUACUCAACUACAAAUACUAUCCCAAUGACACGGACAAAACGCGAUCCGUGCAAGCGGAGCUGCACACGACCACCCAGAAUGUGGACAUAGCCCAGAUGGAGUACAAUGUGAAGCAGUUCCUGCUGAAGCAGAACGAGUGGUCCAUGAAUGGAGGAGCAUCUGGCGCAGGACCCGGUGCGGUGCUACAAGGAUCUGGAGCAGCGCGCAUGCUGCAGCGCAGGAUCUUGGGUCCUGGCGUGGGCGAGCGGGUCAGGAUGGCCACGCCCGGAGGAGCGGUGGCCACCAAGUCCACCAGCCAGUCAUCCAACAUCCUGACGCCCCACAGAACUGAAACGAAUUUAUAAGUAAACGGGGUCGAGGAAAGCGCCACACAUCCGAGGCGUAAACCAAACUGUAUUCUAGCCUAGUUUUGCUAACUUUAGUUCGUAUUCCACGGUCUAUAUAAAUACGAUAUAGCAAUGCUUAAGUUGGGUGAGGGUUUCUCAAAUGCAACACACACACAAACGUGCUAAUAGCAAUGAUACUAUACAUAUGUACGAUAAAUGUAAUACUUAAACCACAAUCUACAAUCUAAGCUAGCUAAAGUUGCUUUGGAGCCAGCACUAAGCUGAUAAUCUGGCUAAAAAGGGUGAUCAAGUAUCCGAGGCGUUGGUUUAAGAUAGUUCUCAUAUGUAUUUCUGUUCUAUAAUCAACUGAUAUAAUUCUACUGAUAUAUAUUGUUUAUUUACCAUAGUAUGUAUGUUUACUAUAUGUUAACCCUUUCAGUCUUCCUUUUCAUUUCAAUUUAAUUUUUCUGCUUUCUUAAGAUGUCUUCCUUUAAACGAAUCGAAGGAUCCACUUUCUUAUGAAACCAACGCUGGAAAUCUGAAGCCCAACAGCAAUUGCAGCUGAAAUCAAAAGCAAAUCUAAGACAUAUGAUAUGGUCACCCCUAACGAUAUAACCGAAAAUUAUAAACAAAAUAAAAUCGCGUAACUUUUUGAUGUCUGCAUGUUAAUGUAAACCACGAGAAUUCGAAAGCUUUGCCCAAGCAAACUUAGGUUACACUGGAAAUAUAUGAAUUAUAUUUAUAGGAGUAUACAGAUAAUUAUGCUAUAUACGAUUUAUAUUUGAUAAGCGCGUUAUAUUUUCUAGAUUCCGAUUGUGCAAUAUUUUUUGGUAGUGUGAGAAAUGAAAAACGAUUUUUAUUUUUAUAAAAUGCGACCAAAAACGAGGGGAGAGUUUUCUGAUCUUUGAUUUAUAUUUUCUAUUCAAGCAUUUUGUCCAGCCGCCGAAGCUUAGCGCUAUUUAUCAAACCAGAUCUGUCUAUCGAAGAUAUAUACAAGUAUUGUACCUUUUUGCCCGAAAAAACUGUACUCAUUCCUGCCCAUUAGAUGACCUUCAUAUAGAGAACUGUAAUCCUCUGCUAAGCUGCUAAAUCAAAGAUAUAUUAGUCCCGCUAUAUACACGUACACCCGAACCAAAAUCAGAAUCAGAAUCAGAAACGUACACGGACACAUUGCAUUAUAAACGUAUCUGAACAGACAUAUGAUUGUAGUACCCACAUAUAUUUACAUCUACAUAUACAUAAAACAUAAAACUAUAUAUAUAUACUCAUCUUAUACGUGUAUACCCGACCCACAAGAACACAAGAACAACCAUUACAACAUCCAAAGGCUUCAGAAGAACCCACACAAAAAGAUACUUUUCUAUGUACUCCCCACACCAAUCAAAAUUAUAUUGAAUGCGACGAUAUUUACUCGAUAUUUACACUCAUGUACGGCUGCUAUCUAUAUCUCUAUAUCUCGAUUACUUUACCAUGUAUACACUGAGCGAAAUGCUGAAAUGGAAAUGCUUUAAGACACUGUUAUGUUUGGCCUACUUAUGUAAACGUAUAAUUAGCAUAAAUUCAACUCGUAUGGGGAGCGCAAAGUCCCCACUAAUAUUGCUUACUACAAAACGAGGGAUCCAGCUCUAUAGAUCCUCAGCCUGUUAUGCACUUUAACCUACGAUAAUAUCGAAAAAUCAAAACAAAUCUCUUAUUAAGUUCAUGUACCAAUCUCGAAAAAGACUUAACUUGGAUAAGAAACUAAACCAUUUCCGAUAAUCACCAACUUUCUCUUGCUCCCUCACCUGUAACUCACUGCUCAACGAUCCAGUUUUCCAGCAUUAUAAAGUAUAUAUAUCAAAAUCUCAUUAAAACAAUAGAACACUGCCCCAAGUCCCACUCACUGCCCCACCCCCCAACUACCCUUCGUCCCUUGAAAACCCAAGAGUAACUUUAAGUAGAAUCAUUAUUCAGCUCAAGAAAUCCCAAAGAAAAAACCCCAAACUUCACGUAAGGCAGCCCAAUUAAAUGAAUCCCGAAACCUUAGCUAAAGAUUAACUAAUACAUAAAGCAAAUCGAAAAAAUUGAAAUGGAAUUUCAGCAAAAAAAAUCGAAAUAUACUAAAAAGGAAACUAGCUUAAAUAUUUGGGCAUAAGUUCAACUCCAGCUGCGAAAUCUAGUUUAAAUUGGAAGCCUUUGUUCUAUCGCCUAGGUUCGAAACAUUUCAGAUAAUUAGCCUUAUAUGAAUGUGUACAUUUACUGCGCGUCUUGGUUGAUGUAAGCAUUCUUGAGCUAUUGAACCACCUUAAUGUGAAACAAAAAACAAAAGCAAAAAAAAAGACAACAUUAAAAUAAUAAAUCAAGAAAACAAA